GUCUAUGAUACACAAGUUUAGCUUCGACUGUGCCUGCGAGUGACGAGUGCUAGUCCUUUUUCUGCCCUGAGCAACAGCUGUGGACCCGAAAUGCCCAGAAUCGCUGCCCAGCCUGGAACAUGAGAAAGGUUUUGACAGGCCGAACAGGCAACAGCCUAGCGGUUAUUUGAGCAUAUCUGGAGCCAUUAGCUGACGCAGCAAUGGAGCAGGGCCCAGAAAUGAAAGAUGUCAGCCCUGAGGCGGGCAGCGCGCCAGUAAUUCAGGACGGGGCGUGCCCACAGCCGGCGGAGGAGCUCAGUAACCCUGAGAAAACACCAUUUCCUGAUGUGGCUAUGGAGACGGCGACUGCAGAAGAUUGCUCAGAACCAGCACUGCGAAUUGAGACUUCUGCGGAGGACAGUCGCGCGGGCCGUAAACGGCCGCGAGAAGACGCCGAUGAAGUAGCUGAACCUAGAGCUGCUUGCGACGUGCCCGAGUCUGGCAAUGGCAGCCUGGGAGGGGUUGGAUGCGUCGUGAGCGCGGCAGCCACGCAGCCCGCCACGGCAGGAAGCACUGGCGGGCAGCACGCGGCCGCGCCGCCGACCGCAGCCACACUGGCACCGGACUCGGCCGUGAGGCCUACGUUGGGGGGGGUUGGGAGCGCAGGGCCGCCUCCCUUCCUCCCUAUGCUCCCGAUGAUGUUGAUGGGCAUGGGGAUGCCAAUUUUCCCGGGCAUUGGGCCCGGCGCUCGCGCCCCGUUGAUGCCCCCUGCAUUCAUGCCGGCCCUGUGCCAGCUCCUUUUAGUCUACGUACAGCGGGUGAAACAACUGACUGGUCAGCCGCAGCAGCAGCACCCGGACGACGCCGGUGCCGCAAAACCUCAUUCCACUGCACCAGGCACUUCGCCAGCGGCUCCAGGUCAGUCGCCGCCGGACACUGGCGCCCCACCCGCAGCGGCACCCCCACCACCAGAUCAAAGGGCCGGGGCCAAGCCGGCCGCGGCGCUGGCGGAUCAUCGACCCGAGCAGCGGCCCGAGCCGCAGCAGCAGCCGCCGGCCGUGGUGGCGGUGUCGCAGCUGCAGGAGUUCGGCAUCCCGGUGCCGUCACUGCUGCAGGCGGCGGCGCACCUGAUGGUGGUUGGCGCGCUGUCGCCCGUGCAGUACCAGGAGGUGCAGGCAAAACUGGGACCCAUCGCUGCCCAGGAGGGUCAGGCAGCACUGGCUGCUGAUUGCGGCGCCAGCGUUGCGGCAGCGGCUGUGGCAGCAGCAGCAGCAGCUGUCCGCGCGACAGGCCCCGCAGCGACAGCAGCAGCCGGCACCCUGGGACCAAGUCAUGUUGCACCGGCUGCCGCUAGCGUGCUCACGCCAGCGGCAGCUGCGGCGCUGGCGGCGGCAGGCGGCUCCGGGCUGCUGCAACCGGCCGCGUCAGCGCCUGCGGUCGCCGGGGCGCCGGGAGCCUUGGCGAAGGCGACGCCGGUGGUGCCAGGAUUUACCGCCAAGGUAGACCCGGCUCAGCGCCAGCCACCUGAGGCGUCGGCGGCGGAGCCGGGGCUGCUCCCAACCGUGUCUUGGCCGGGCCGCGGUGGCGCGCAGGCGCCUUUCCGGCUGGGCCUGGGGCGACGGCUGUUCUGUGCCGUGGCGGACCAGCUGCCGACCAGCACGGAGCUGGAUUGCAUCCUGCCGCCCAUGUACGGCUUCUCGGGAGUGCUGUACAGGAUGAAGGACAGCGCCGAGGUCGGUGCCGCGCUGUGGGACGGCGCUGUGGUCCGGGACCUGGGGCCCUACACCUCGGCACAGGACGCGCGCAAGAGCAUCGUCAUGUCCAUCAAGCUGCUGGCCGCCGCCAAUGCCGCAGCGCCCCAGCCCUCGGGGCCGGCGUACACAUAUGGUGGCGCCCUGCCGGGCGCGCCGUCGCUGCGCUCCGGCCCGUCGGUCCGCUCCGGCGGCUUGAGGGCCGCAGCCGUGGCGGCUGCAGCUGCCGCACCGCCGCCGCUGGGUGGCGGAGCCCGCCGGGAGCCUCCGCCUUCCGGCCCCACGCGUGAUGGGGUGGCAGGUCUGGGUGGCCACGGCGACGGCUUGGGUCGCGGCGGGAGCAGGGGUGUCAAGGCAAACGGCCGCAGCGGCCUUGGCCUGGGGGUGCCGGCCGUCGGGGCGCCAGGCAGCGGACCCGGGCUGCCGGGGGCAGGGCCGGGCGGGGUGGGCCCGGACCCGGCAGAGGCAGACGUCUUGGAGGCCGCAGACCAGCUGCUGAAGCUGCGGAGCGAGGGCAGUGGCCGCAUCCACAUGUCCAACUCCCCCGAGCCGCUGCCUGUGGUUGUGGCACCAGCGGCCGCAGGUGUGACUGCGCUGGGCGGGCUGGUCGGCGCGGAGCUGGGCGCUCCACCGCUGCCGCCCGCAGUCGCAGCGCAGCUGGUGGCGGCGCCAGGCAAGCAGCGUUCCCUCAGCGCACUGGCGACCGCGGAUGACCCCGUAAUCCUGUCGCCCGGGCUCACGGCUGCUGCGCCCACAGGCGUUGGGCUUGCAGGUCUGCAGCACCUCGCGGAUGCAGGAGUUGGCAGCGGCGGCGGCGGAAAGAGCAGUCGCACUGGCAGCGGUAGCGGCCGCAGUAGCGGCGCCGUGGCGGCAGACGAGCCUCAGGGGCCCACGGUGACGGGGCGGCUGGCAAGUAGAACGCCGAGCUCACUCAGCCAGGCGCGGCAGCCGCCGGCUGGGCCGCUUGCGGCAUCGCCGCGGCACCUGGGCUCAUUGCACGUCAGGGCAUUCGCCGCAGCUGCCGCCAACCCCACUCUUCCUGAGGCGGCGGGCGCGCGGGCUCCGACGCCGUCAUGGGCGCAGCAGGAGCAUCAGCGCCGUGACGUGGCACCCGUCGUAGAUCUGACCAUGACGGAUGUGGACACCAGGUCGUCCGUCCAGCAAUCACCUCGAGGCACGAACAGGAUGACACCGCUGGUGCUCAAGCCUGGUGGCGGCACUUCUCAGGUGGGCUCGGAGGCGGCGGCGCUGGUGGCGCUAAUCUCCAGCGGCCGCCUGCAGGACAUGGACCGCGCCGAGCUGGAGGCGCUGGUGGCGGGCAGCAGCGGCCCCGCGCUCCUGGCGGCGCUGCAGAGCCUGCCGCAGGACCUGGUGGCCGCGGCCACCGCGGCGGAGAGCGGGGCAGGCGGCCAUGCGAUGGAGGCGGACAAGGGGGAUAGUCCAGGCCAGGCCGUGGCAGCCCCGUCGCAACGCCAGCAGCAGCAGCAGCCGGUGGAGCAGCGGCGCGGACCGGGUUGGGACGAUGGCGAUGGUCAGCCUGCGGGAGGCUCGGCAGGCCUGCCGAGGCGAGGCCGAGCGGAAGCGGUCGGUGCGGCUGACGACGACGGCCCACAGCGCGGGGCUAAUGACGCAGUCCUGGUGCUGGGCGGGGUCGGCAAGGACGGCCUGCGGGGAGCUGCGCCGCGCGAUCUGCUUGAUGGUGCUGACGAUGCAGCCGCUGGCGCGGCCCGGCGGCACCACGCCACCGACCAGGAGGCCCUGCUGCUGCAGCAGCUGCAGGAACUUGCGGGCCAGGCGCAUGCACAGCGGCAGGGCGCCGCCGGGCCGCGGCAGUGGCCGCUGCACCCGGAGCCGCCCAUGCGCGGCCCCCCCGGUGGCCCCCCCGGCCCCGGCCCCGGUGGCCCCUGGGCGGCGCCGCCGCAGGGGCGUGUCGUCGUCCCUGCGGGCCUGAGCAGCGUUGGGCGAGGGGGCGUGGACCCGCGUGACGAGGCCAUGGACGCAUACACCUCCGCCGUGGCGGCGGCGGUGCAGCAGCAGCACCACCAGCACCACCAGCAGCACCAGCGCCACCUGCACCAGCAGCUGCAGCUGCAGCAGCACCUGGCGGCGGGGCGGCGGGACGGCGCGGGGGCAGCGGGCGGCCGCGGGCCGCGCGGGCGGCCGGGCAUGCCUGAGCGCCCGCUGUCCAGCGGCGGCCUGGGCGGCACACAUGCGGGCAUGCCUGGGGCGGUGGUGAUGCUAGGCGGCGGUCCACGCGGCGGUGACGGCGCCUCGCCGCUGCUGAUAGGCCGCCGCGGCGGCGACAUGCUGGGGCUGCCUCUGGGGCUGGAUGGCGGCGGCAGCGGCGCGAUGCCCCGCUUCAGCGGCCCGCUGCACGGCAUGGCGGCGGCGGCGGCGCGCGGGCGCUUCUCACCGUAUGACUCGCCAAAUGCCGAACACCACCACCAGCACCAGCAGCAGCUGUCCGAGCCUGCGGAGCAGCUGCUGCAGCGCCUGCAAGCCGGCCGCGCCGGCGGCACGUUGCGGCUCCAGCAGCCGGGUCCAGGCGGGGACGGCCGCCGCAUGGCCGCGCCCAUGUACGGCCGCCCACCGGGAGCCGCAGUGGGAGGCGGCGGCGGCGGUGGGGGAGGCGGUAGCCUGUCGGCCCACGACGGCACGGGCAUCUACACGACCAGCGGUCGCACCAGCUCACAGCCCACCUACGGUGCUAGCUACAGCACGCACGGCUCGCGCGGCCGGGACGAACGCGGUCGCGCCGCCGGCGAGGCGGCCUUUGCCGGCCCCAGCAGCAGCCAUGGCCCCUUCGACCGCCUGGGAGGCAUCAGCAGCAGCGGCGCUCAAGGGCUGGGCGGCCUAGGCAGCGUGAUGCCGCUACUCGGCAGCGGCUUGAGCGGGCUGCCGCCCGCCGGCGGUGUGGCGCCGGCGGAUGACUCGCCGAGUGGCAGCGGCAGCGGAGGAGGGGCCGCGCGGCUUGGUGGACCGGGUGGCGAACUCGAUGCCGCGACUGGAGCGGACCCGGCGCUCACGCGGCAGCGCAGCGGCGUGACGCGCGAGUUCAGCGCCGUCACCAACCUGGUGGGGCUCGGCCUGCAGGAGGCACUGGCUAUCGUCCGUCAGCGGCAGGGCCCUCACAGCUAAGGCAGACCGCACUGGUCGAAGGUCGCAGGAUGUGGGUGGGUUCUGCAACCGCUGGGGCCGGCGGUCCGCAGAGCUGUCCACGGGUCACGGCACGCCAACUUCUGGCCCCGCGCUGCGAGCAUUUGGCAAUACGCGCGCUAGGGUGAAUCGCACCGCCAACUUGCAAGCGCGAUUAGGUGCAUUUUUGGGCGACAGGCGAUCACAGGGAUGACAUAAUGUCGGCGCACUCAUUGCGAGGCAUUACACGCAACGUUUGAGGUGUUGGGGCUAGAGUUGAUGUAGAGAACUUGUUCCAUGUCGGUUAUGCAUUUCAUCUUUUGCCUUCAUCGCACCGCCAAGAGCAAGCAUUGGUAUGACGUAACUUAUCAUGUUUGAAUGCGCCGUUACGGCCAGAAGCCGGCCCCAAGGUGCGGGUCCUACAUGUCGCCGCACACCCACCACACCCUGUUGGCUGCACACCGCCACCGGCCGCGUAAUACCCCACGCACCCGAGUCCCCUGCGCCUAACCCGCUCCGCUACCGCCCAACAAGACCCUUGACUCCUGUUGAACAGUGCCUUGUGAACUGCACUGGUGUGAAUUUGACGAGCUCAAGAAUAGGGGAGCGUCUCUGACUGGAGAUUGUGGGUUAAUGGAUGUAGAAUGCGGGGAGGAGCGGGCUGUAUUUGGCUGCAGUGACGUAUCAUUUUUUUGUGCGCAACUACGCUUGCGUUGAUGUCGAUCUUUGGGAUUAAUUAAAAUCUACGUACUGCAAAUGCACUUCACUUGGUUGGUGGGGGGGAAGCUAUUUUGGGCACAAUGUGGGUACCGUGUGUCGGGCGAACACAUCGACUUGAGGUAGGUAGCAUGGAGCUAAUAUUGUGUAUUGCUGUCAGCCUCGCCUGGGUCUGCCUGGGUAGUUUGUGUGAGUGGCUCCAGCGACGGCAGCGAGAACACCACGAUCACUGCUGAACCAGGCUCCUCCCUACCUUUGCGCGAGUGCUGAUACGACCUGUGAGCAAGAAAGUGGCGCCCACACAGCUCCUGUACGAGGUUGCGGACUUGUCCGCUCGCAAGGACUGCAUGCGCGCUUUGCAUGCACGAGCAAACAUGGGUAGCUCAGUUGCUUUAUUGCUCUUGCGGUACGGUGCACAGGCAAGGCGCAAAAAUGACCAGCCACAGUUGUGUGCAUGGCGCAGCGUGACGCAGACAGUUUGCCAUUGUAUGGUGUGGGCGUGGUGUGAGAUCUGGAGUGCACUCAUUGCCCCAUGUGAGGGAUACAAGUUGGCUGAUACGUUGGACCUCGGGAGCAAGCGCCCUGUGUUCGAUGAGUGCUCGGUCGGCGUCAUUUAGUCUGGGAUAGAUGUGGGCAGUAUGGUCUUUCAGCCACAAUGGGAAUAAUGCUUGAAGUUCUGUUUCCUAGCAUUCCGCCGCGCAGCCUCCGAUGCCCCCGGCCGGCUGGGGUGGGCAAUGAGAAUGCUGUGUAGCUUCAGGAAAUCAAAAACUUAUAACUUAUGUGCGCGUCGAUACUGAAAGCUGGCAAAUCCGCCCGCAAGUUGGUAUGUGGCUUCGGUUUCACUAGCGCAGUUUCACCUAAGACCAGUUCUGGUGACGUUACCAUCCGUAGAACGCUGCCGUGCUAUAGUGCGUUGAGCCGAUCAGGUUAUGGGUUGGCCCAGGGGCCCGCGCACCCUUGAUGUUGAAGGGUACAGCCUGACCCAGGAAGCAGCGGCAGCAGCAGCACCGGCGGCGGCAGUGCGAGGACCUGCGCAGUGAGGCUGGCUGAGAGGCGGUGCGGGGUCGCGGGGAGGGUAUGUGGGCAGGUAUGUGCAUGCAUGCACGUUUUACUCAGGAGCCUCCCACUCCGCGUGCGUCUGUACCCGCGUGCGUCUUCACCCAUAAAUGUAUUGAACUUGCAUGCUUUGAGUCAUGCACGACAAGCUCUUUAACU